GUAAGGAGUUUGCCAAUAUGGACGUAACUGAAAGAACUGACUACGUGAAAACAAACAAUCUAUGUUAUAACUGCCUACUCAGCGGUCACUCCGUGUUCAGGUGUCGUUUACCAACAUCCUGCCAAGUCUGUCACAAACGUCAUCAUUCUCUAUUGCACCACACAAAGAAUGAAAAUAUAAAGGCACAUCUUAGUCAGAUAGAAGAAAAUACUGAGGAUGACGUACCAAAAGAAGAAGUAGAAGAUGAUAUCACUGUAGCGACGCACUUCAUUACUAAAAAGUCAGAUGCUUUAUUAGCUACAGCGCUUGUCCUAGUGAAGGGUGAGACGGGGCAAGUGCUCACACUGCGGGCUUUGAUUGAUCAAGGUUCAGAAGCGAACUUCAUCACGGAGAGAGCCGUGCAGAUGAUGAAACUACACAAGACACCUGUCAGGGGUUCAGCCACAGGACUGGAAUCAAUGAAGACCUCGGUCAACAGUAUGGUACAGUGUGAGCUUCAGUCAAGAUUUGACACUGACUUCAACCUAAACAUCAAUGCAUUUGUCUUGUCUACUCGAGUAACCGCUGAACUUCCAUCACAAGCACUCACCAAGACUCAUCACGCUUGGCAGCAUAUUAAUGGACUCGAUCUGGCAGACCCGAACUACCAUCAACCAGGUCGAAUAGACAUGCUUCUAGGCGUUAAGGUCUAUGCACAAAUUAUAAUGAAUGGCUUAAUCAAGGGUCCUCCAGGCUCACCAUGUACACAAAAUACAAGCCUUGGAUGGAUUGUGUUCGGAGACGCUGAAGGCAAUUCUUCAAAAAAUAUUAUUGUCAUGCAUCACAAACUCAACUUAGACCUUCUGGUAAAAAACAUGUGGGAACUGGAGUCAGCAGAAAAACCAGAACUUACAGCGGAUGAGAAACAUUGUGAAUCUAUUUAUGCAAAUACAACUACCAGAACAAAAGAAGGAAGAUAUGUAGUGAAACUCCCCACAAGAACAGAGGAAAUAAAGUCAACAAAAGGACAAACAAAGGACAUAGCACUGAGAAGAUUCAGACAACUAGAAAGAAAAUUUGAAAAGGACGAAGAAUUCAAAAAGGAAUACACCAAAGUCAUAGAAGAAUAUUCAACAUUGAAGCACAUGGAAGAAGUUCCAGACACUGAAAUAGAAGCCCCAUCAGUAUAUCUCCCACAUCAUGCUGUGAUUCGGAACGACAAGGACAAAUCUAAAGUUAGAGCUGUGUUUGAUGCUUCAUCUAAAGGCAUAAACAAUAUUUCACUUAAUGAAGAGUUACUGGUGGGUCCACAGCUUCAAGAAGAUUUAAGGAACAUAAUCAUGAGAUGGCGUAUGAAGAAAAUCUGCUUCGUUGCAGACAUACAGAAAAUGUAUCGUCAAAUUUUGGUUACAAAACAAGAUGCAGAUCUGCAGCGUAUACUUUGGCGCAAAUGUGCAGCUGACCCUAUUAAAGAAUAUCGCCUGCUUCGUGUCACGUUUGGUACAGCAUCUGCACCAUACUUAGCUGUGAAAACGUUACAAAGGGUCGCAGAAGACGAAGGAAACCAUCAUCCAGUAGCUGCAAAAACGAUUAAAGAAGAUUUCUACAUGGAUGACCUCAUGUCGGGCCAAGAUAACACAGAAGACGCCGUAGAUGUAGCGAAAAAUAUAGCAAUUAUUCUGAAAAACGGAGGAUUCGAUCUGCAGAAAUGGUCGUCUAAUAGCACCAGCUUUUUAAAGCAAUUCCCACCUGAUGAGAGAAACAGUAAUGUAAACAUGGACAUCAACCUAGACGGAACUGUACGUGCACUGGGUAUCAGUUGGAACAUGGGUGAAGACAGUUUUCAGUACAAACUUGAACUACCCCAGCCGCCGAUAACUAUUACAAAGAGAAACAUACUAGCAGAAACACAAAAGUUGUUCGAUCCUUUGGGGUGGUUGGCACCAAGCAUAAUUCAAGCCAAGAUGCUUAUCCAGAAACUUUGGUUGCACCGAUCAAGUUGGGAUGAUGAAGUAGAACCUGAAAUAAAAGAAGAAUGGUUAAACAUAACACACAAUUUUGAAAACUUAAAGGACGUCAAUAUACCAAGAUGGCUACACACAACUAAACUAAGACUAGAUAAAACUACGAUACAUGGAUUUUCUGAUGCGUCUACAAAGGCUUAUGCAGCUGUCGCUUAUUUAAGAGUAGAAACUGAAGAAGGUGAAAUCAAGACGAAUAUCAUAGCAGCUAAAGUCCGUGUAAGUCCAGUGAAGCCAGUGUCUUUGCCACGAUUAGAACUGUGUGGCGCUGCGCUGCUUGCAAAGCUGCUUAAACAAAUAAGAGAAGCCAUGAGAAUCCCGGAAAGCCAAGUGUUCGCAUGGAGUGACUCAACAAUAGUUUUGUCGUGGUUAAAGGGAGACCCUAACCGCUGGCAAACCUUCGUCAGAAAUCGCGUGGUGUCCAUUCUCGAUGAUAUUGGCGAUAAAUGGUAUCAUGUCACAUCCCAAUCGAACCCUGCGGAUAUUGCGUCACGUGGUUCCCCGUUACCAGAACUCAUCUCACAUCAUUUAUGGUGGAACGGGCCAGAAUGGCUAAAGACUCAUGACAUUCCAUUUAAUAAAUCAGACGUCACGACAGACCUGGAAAUGAAACGAACCUUUCACACCAGCUUGGAAGUACAAGAGGAAGAUAAUUAUUCAAUUAUAAGCCAGUUUGACAAUUUUGAUGAUUUACAAGAACUUGUUAAGACAGUUACAUACUGCAAACGCUUUUUAAAUUAUAAGAAGCUUACCCCGAACCCUACAUUCACAACAGAAGAGUUACAAAAAUCAUUGACGACUUGCAUUAAAUUGGUUCAACAACAAGCAUUUAAUGAUGAUAUAACUAGAUUACAAAAUAAAAAAAAUGUAAGAUGUGACAGUAAAUUGAAAUCAUUAAAUCCUUACCUGGAUGAAGUUAAUAUACUCAGGGUGGGCGGUCGUCUUAAACACGCAAAUCUGAACGAAGACAGUAAGAACCCUAUAAUUCUGGACAGAAAGAACCGACUUACCUUUUUAAUUGUGGCUGAUGCUCAUCAGAGAAUGCUUCAUGGCGGACAACAGUUGAUGAUGUGUUACCUAAAAAUGCGCCUCCUAAAGGCCAGCGCAAACCGGCGGAGCGCAGCGCAGAUCACCGAGGAGGAUUUACGCCGCGCAGCGCACACCGGCAAGGUAAAAUCCUCCGCGAUACCGCGAGCGCCCGCCAGGCGCCAGCCCGAGCGCUGGCGGCCGGCGCACCAGGGAGCACUAUUCGGCGUAGGCCGGGGGAUGCCGCGGCAUGCCGCCGCCUACCGCCGCAGUAUCCUCUAA